CUAUCAUUAUUACUGCACAACCAUGGCAGCAACGCCGAUGAUUCCACCGCCGGGAGAUGGAGGCGCGGUUCCAUCAACCAUGGCUGCUCCGCCGCCUCCAGGAACAGACAUGACCAGCAUUUGCUUUCGCGAUCAGCUGUGGCUCAACACUUAUCCGCUCGACCGAAACCUAGUUUUCGAUUACUUCGCCCUCUCCCCAUUCUACGAUUACUCGUGCAAUAAUGAGCAGCUUCGGAUCCGCGCGAUUCACCCCCUCGACAUCCCCCACCUCUCGAAGAUGACUGGAAUAGAAUUUAUGUUGAGUGAAGUUUUGGAGCCUCAUUUAUUUGUUUUUAAAAAACAAAAGAGGGAUGGGCCUGAGAAAGUGACGCCUAUGCUGACUUACUAUGUUCUGGAUGGAUCAGUAUACCAGGCGCCUCAGCUUUGCAACGUAUUCGCAUCUCGAGUUGGACGUGCGCUGUACCAUAUAUCCAAGUCAUUUAAUACUGCAGCGUCAAAGUUAGAGAAGAUUGGAUACGUUGAUGCUGAAAAUGAGAGUGCAAGCUCUGAACCUAAAGCUCCUAAAGAGACCAUUAACUUCAAGGAACUUAAGCGUGUAGACCAUAUUCUUGCUUCACUGCAACGCAAGCUGCCUCCCGCUCCGCCACCACCACCUUUUCCUGAGGGUUAUGCCCCUCCCACUGCUGAUGGGGAGAAGAGCUCCGAUGCCCAACAGGAACGGUUGGCGGCUGUUGAUCCAAUCAUCGAUCAAGGCCCAUCCAAAAGAAUGAAAAUAUAACAAGAGAUCUGCAUUGGUUCAAUUUGGAGAGCACGAUCAGCCAACAAAUCUCAAAGAACUAACCUUUUGCCAACUGUCAGCCUUUACACUUCCAGUGCCAGCCAGUUUCUAACUUGCGAUUACAGGUAAAGCCCCCGACACUCGAGAUGAUUUCUUACUAGGUUCUACAUGAUAUAUUGGAACAUAGACAGGUAUAGUCAUUGUAUUUGAAUCUUGGAUUCGAAUUCAUGAGGGAUUUACUUGUUCUAUAUUUAAUCUGUAAGGUAGUCGCUACUUAACCUUAAUCUCGACGGUUCAACCAAGAUGUUCUUAAAGCCUAUACAUGACUUCUAUAACCAUGACAUAUGAUCAUUAAAAAGUACGACCUUAUUACA